UCGCCGGUGACGUGGCCGCUGGGGAAGUCGUCCUGUUUGUCGUGCCAGCUUCCUCACCUCCGGAUUUCACGCUACAUACCUUCGCUCAACAUCAACUUAUUUCCACAUUAGGGAACGAAUUGCUCGUUUUUUCCCGUUUUGUUUCUGACGUUGUGUGUUUUAGAGGUAGUCGGUUGAAUUAGCCACCCACUCCUGCCAACCAUGGAGACGCUUGGCAAUUCGCACAAGAAACAGAAGCUAAGGAACACCGCCGAGAGCUGGGGAAUGCAACGUGCAACUAACGUCACCUAUCAAGCUCAUCAUGUAAGCAGAAACAAACGUGGGCAGGUUGUGGGUACAAGAGGAGGAUUCAGAGGAUGCACUGUGUGGUUGACUGGUUUGUCUGGUGCUGGGAAGACCACAGUAAGUAUGGCUCUGGAGGAGUACCUUGUCUGUCAUGGUAUCCCCUGCUACACACUGGAUGGAGACAAUAUCCGCCAGGGUCUGAACAAAAAUCUGGGUUUUAGCCCAGAGGACCGUGAAGAGAACAUUAGACGCAUUGCUGAGGUGGCCCGACUUUUUGCAGAUGCAGGUCUGGUCUGCAUCGCCAGUUUCAUUUCUCCGUACAGUAGGGAUCGGCUUAAUGCCAGAAAGAUCCAUGAGGCAGCAGGUCUACCAUUCUUUGAGGUUUUUGUGGAUGCCCCACUGGAUGUAUGUGAGCAGAGAGAUGUGAAGGGGCUCUACAAGAGAGCCAGAGCGGGCGAGAUAAGAGGUUUCACUGGCAUUGACUCUGAGUAUGAGAAGCCAGAAGCUCCAGAGUUGGUGCUGAAGACAGACUCCUGCAGUGUGAAUGACUGCAUACAACAGCUCAUUGACUUGCUUCAGGAACGGGAUAUAGUUCCUGUUGAUGCCUCAUAUGAAGUGAAAGAGCUGUAUGUUCAGGAGAAUACGCUGGAUUUGGCAAAAGCUGAUGCAGAGACUCUGCCUGCUGUGCAGAUCGGAAAGGUGGACAUGCAGUGGGUGCAGGUGCUGGCUGAAGGCUGGGCCACUCCUCUGAAUGGCUUUAUGCGAGAGAGGGAAUAUUUACAGUGUCUUCAUUUUGACUGUCUCCUGGAUGGUGGUGUGAUCAACCUUUCCGUGCCUGUGGUGCUGCCGGUGUCAACUGCAGAUAAAGAGCGUUUGGAUGGUGUAACAGCGAUGGCCUUGGUCUACGAGGGCAGAAGAGUGGCCAUCCUUCGUAACCCAGAGUUUUAUGAGCACAGAAAAGAAGAGCGCUGUGCUCGGCAGUGGGGCACCACCUGCAAAGACCACCCGUACAUCAAGAUGGUGAUGGAAAGUGGGGACUGGCUGGUUGGUGGAGACCUGCAGGUUCUGGACAGGAUAUAUUGGAAUGAUGGGCUGGACCAGUACAGGCUGACACCCACUGAGCUCAAACAAAAGUUUAAACAGAUGAAUGCAGAUGCAGUGUUCGCCUUCCAGCUCCGUAACCCAGUCCACAAUGGCCAUGCUCUUCUGAUGCAGGACACACACAGGCGCCUCAUUGAGCGAGGCUACCGCCGGCCUGUUCUUCUGCUCCACCCACUGGGAGGAUGGACCAAAGACGAUGACGUGCCACUGCCUUGGAGAAUGAAGCAGCAUGCUGCCGUGCUGGAAGAGGGUGUACUCAACCCAGACUCUACUAUUGUUGCAAUUUUUCCCUCACCCAUGAUGUAUGCAGGGCCAACUGAGGUUCAGUGGCAUUGCAGAGCACGUAUGGUUGCUGGUGCAAAUUUCUAUAUUGUGGGUCGAGACCCUGCAGGCAUGCCUCACCCUGACACAGGAAAAGACCUGUAUGAACCCUCUCAUGGAGCCAAGGUCCUCACCAUGGCUCCAGGCCUCAUCACUCUUGAGAUAGUACCCUUUAAAGUGGCUGCUUACAACAAAGUCAAGAGAGCAAUGGACUUUUAUGAUCCGAAAAACCAUCAAGAUUAUGAUUUCAUCUCAGGCACACGCAUGCGUAAGAUGGCUCGCGAGGGGGAGAACCCUCCUGAUGGAUUCAUGGCACCGAAGGCCUGGGCUGUGUUGAAAGAAUACUACAAGUCACUGGAGAAGGACUAAAGGUGGAGUCUCAGAUUAAACAAAAUGAAAACAAACAAACAAACAUGGGAACACAGUGGGUUAUGUUGAUUUCUGAAAAGAUAAAUGUGGGGACCACUCUUAAAAACCUCACUCUGGCUUCUAUCUGUUAUAUUUAUGCUAAACUGUUGCGCAAGAUACUGGUCUCAGUUUCUUUUAGUCUUGUCACAUUUGUGUUUUAACAGUAUGUGUUUUAUUUAACUGAAUUUCCUCUGAAAUACUGUAGAAAAGGUCAGUGCACUAAAGAGAAUUUUUAGAGAAUGUGUCAUAAAAGUACAUGUUUGUGUUUCUCACCAACUGAACAACUGUAUAUUCUGGUAACUGGUUAUAAAGUGAAGACCAAGAAGGUCUCAUAAUGACCUGGUUUCAGUGCUGUUGAGCAGCACUGAGUAUUCAGAAUGAAUAUUGAGCAUUUGUGAUGUCCAAAUUUUUAAAAGGUUGCUGCACAUGCUGGACGGUUCUUAUUGCACCCUGAGCUCUAGACAAGCUGCUUUUUACAUUAUACAUUCACAAGUGGCUGUGGCCAUUACUCAAAUUUGGUGUGCUCUAGUAUUUUAAGUAAACGUUGAGUGCCUUGGUCCUUAGUUAUUUCACAUGGUGUCUUGUUUGAAUUAGGACACACACAUGCUUUUUGUCCCACCUGUUGCAUUGAUACACUUUAACAGUUCAUGUAGUUAAACAGUGAUCAACACAAUCACAAACUUUUAGGGAAAAAAAGCCGUCAUCAUAGUCUAUUUAUUGUCUCCUAACAUUACCAUGUCUGUCAUUUUAACUGUGAAGUGCAUGUAGGUAUGUAGUGCUCCAAUGUUUUGGUAUUUUGUUAAGUUUUCAACAUUUUCUUUUUCUUUUGCCUUCCUGGAUUUAAUAUUUUCCAUGUGGUAAUUCGUUUUUAGAAGUUGGCCUGUAUAAUCAGAUGGUUGAGGGUUACAAAGAAUCCGAUUUGUAAUCUUCUUGUCCAAUAAACCAUUUUU